AACCUCGCAUCCUCGAACCACAGGCCUUGAACGCAUUUUGAUCCACUGUUGCAAACCUAAACGCGCUAUAUUUCUACCUCAGCUGCAGAACAUCGGAUGAUUGGAUGACUCUCAACCUGACACCGGAUCCACUGGAUCGCUUGCGCGUCAACCGUGGGGUACCGCUGGAGUCGCCUGUCGAAGGCUUCACUCUUAUUGGGUCUGACCCACGUCCCAUCAGUGACGCUUGACGUAUCUUCCACGUUACAUUUGACCCUCGGGUCAGUCUCUAUGUGUGGCGAAGUAUGGAGAGAUGCUUCGAGAUCGUCCGGCCCGAGGGAAAGGCACCAGAUUCGCGAUUCUUCAUGGCUUCCCCCAUUAUAAAACCCCCAUUUGGACCUGAAAUUGUGAGCUGUUCAGGUGCCAAAAAAUACCUCAGUCAGGAGGAGGACAAUUGGAGCAAGACAUUUAGCGACGAGAUCUCUGACCCUGGUAACGCUCAUCCCGUGUUUAGUUUCUGGCUACUCGACACGCAGGCGUUUGGAAAAACGGAUGAGGAUUUUGUUCGCACUUGGGAAGAUGGGAAGUGGACUGGGUGGGAUUUCGAAAAGGGAAUGGAGCCGGAUGUGAAGAAGCACUGGCCGCAGCUAGGGGUCUUCCAUCUCACGCCGGAGUAGUUUGUGCCGGCUUCACGCAGUGGUGUGAGAGCAAGAACGGGUUCUAGUCGAGGAUAGAAUAGGUAGCAGGUUGCUAGAGUUGCUAGUAUCCCCGUCGUUUGGUCAUGCUAUGUCGCCUAGCGUCUGCUUCCACCAAGGCACCAG